AUGUCGCGCCCACCCGCCGCCGCCCAACCCAACCAACCGAUGAACGCUGCGACCCCCACCCCCAGGCCCAACCCCGCCCCGAUCGCGUUUGCUGGCCCCUUCCAGCCCCCCGGCGUUCCGCGGCCGGCGCCGUACCCGGCGCCCUUCUACCAAACGCGGCGGCCGCUGGUAUUUCCGCCCGUCUUGCCACCCGGCGCUUUCCGUGGGCCUCGCGAAUACCAGCCUCCGCCCCCACCACCGGGUGGAUUCCGUCCGCACCCAGCCACCCCCCUUAACCCGUUCGGUCUUCCAGGCUUCCGUCCAAGCAACACAUAUCAUCCUGUUAGUGUGUUAUCACAUCAGUGGCCAGCGGUAAUUGAUGGAACUUUUGGUCCUGGAGCCAUGACUAGACCACCUAUCACACCUGUUCCUCCAGCUAAUGUUUUUGGUCCUGGAGCCGUGACAAGACCACGACCACUUAUGACACCUGUUCCUCCAGCUAAUGUUUUUGGUCCUGGAGCCGUGACUAGACCACCCAUCGCAUUUGUUCCUCCCGCUAAUGUUUUUGGUCCUGGAGCCAUGGCUAGGCCACCUAUCGCACUUGUUCCCCCAGCUAACGUUUUUGGUCAUGGAGCUGUGACUAGACCACCUAUUGCGCCUGUUCCUCCAGCUAACGUCUUUGGUCAUGGAGCCGUGACUAGACCACCUAUGACACCUGUUCCUCCAGCUACUGAUUUUGGUCCUGGAGCUGUGACUAGACCUCAUAUCGCACCUGUUCCUCCAGUUAAUGAGCCACAAUUUAAAGUAUAUGUUGGCAAGAUUGCAUCAACAGUGGACAAUGAUUUUGUUCUUUCUCUUCUUCAGGUCUGUGGAAUUGUAAAAAGUUGGAAUCCAGUCACAAAUCCAAUUGAUGGAACUCCUACUGGGUUUGGCUUUUGUGAUUUUGAAUCUGCCGAAGGCAGUCUUCGUGCAUGGCGGUUGCUCAACAAACUAAGAAUUGAUGGUCAAGAGCUGUUGGUUAAUGUCAAUGAAGCCACGAGACAGCACCUUCAGAAAUACUGUGAGAAUACUACAGAAGAGAAGGCCAAUGAAACUGAUAUGGCUGCUAUGCAAACGAUACACAGUAUGGUUGAAGAGAGAAUGAGGUGUAAAUUUCCGGGUUCACCAAUUCAGUCUGUUCAGGCAUCUACAAGCAUGAGUGAUGAGAAAGGCGAUGGUCAUACAAGGAGUGGUGCACUGGAGGAAAGGACAAGCAAGAGACAACGUGAAAAAGAGGAACAUUUAGGGGAAAGUAAAGUUGUUUGUUUGCAAGGUUGGAAAGAUAAAGAAGUGAUUUCAGCUGGAAAGCCUUCUCUGCAAAUUGAUGCAAUAUCAUCAAUGUAUGUUCCCAUGGAGCCUGAAUCUACAAUUGAACACGAGAGGAAACGUCAGCGCAGGGAAAUAGAUGGGUUUCAUAAGAGCAAUGGUGAAGGUAAGGGCAUUGUAUCUGUACAAGUGCUAGUCUCAGAUAAGCUGAACAGCAGUGCCCCAGGAGAAAAGGGGAAUUCUGAAUUGCAAGCUACAUCCAAGUUAGGGAACAAGGAAACUUUGGAUGCAGAACAGUUGCUUGCUGCUAUCCCUAAGACGAAGGAAGAACUAUUUGCUUAUGAUGUUAAUUGGGCAAUUUAUGAUAAGCAUGGAUUGCAUGAGAGAAUGAGGCAUUGGGUUUCAGAGAAGUCGAUUGAAGUUUUCGGCGAGGAAAUAGCAGAGUUUGUUGAGUAUGUUGUUGCAUCAACCAAAGAGCAUGUAGAUGCACCUAGAAUGUUGGAGGCCCUUGUAUCUCUUAUGGAUGAUUCUGCAGAAAAGUUUGUUAUCUCGUUUUGGACGGAACUUAUAUUUGAAAUUAAGAAAGCUGAAACUGGAUUAGCAUGA